AGUUUUUUUAAAGAUAUUUUACUUAUUUCACAUAAUUAAAUUACGUUCAUAGAAUAUAUUUCUCAUAAGAUGAACUUUACAUGCACUUAUGAAUUUGGUAUUAACUAUAGAUUUAAUAACCUUUGAUCACUUCUGUGCGUUUUUUCUGAUUAUUAUAAAUUAAAGUCUAAUAUUUGUAUAUUAUAAUUUAAAUUGAACGUUUGAUGAGUUUAAAGAAAUCUGAUAUCAUGCCUUCAUUAGACGCAAAUGUUGUUAAAAUAGCAGUGGAGAUGGAGUCGGAAAAUCCACAACUCAAGGAGUUCAAUCAAAAAAUUCCGCUUACUAAUAUAAUUCAAGACCUGUGUAGUGGCUGGGACCUUGUAGAACCAGAACAAUAUGCACUAAAAUUUUCAGAAAAAAAUAAUCAAAAUUAUGUUACGGAAAAAAAUAGAAAUGAAAUAAAAAAUGGUUCAGUGUUGAGAUUAGCGUUUUCUCCUUCCAAAAUUGCAUAUGAUAUAUUACAAACACUUCAUACAGAAGGCAAUGAAGACAAAAAUGAAAGAACUACCGCUUUACAAAAAUUAGCAGAAUGCAGUACCGAUAUAACAUUUGCUCUUGAGUUUAUUAACAAACAAGGACUGGCUCUUAUUAUUAGCCUAAUUGAAAGAAGUAAAUGUCAAGGCGCUAUGUUAGCAUAUGCACUAGCAUCUUUUGUUGAACUGAUGGAUCACGGCAUUGUGUCUUGGGAUAUUUUGGAAAGUCCGUUUAUUAAUGUGGUGGCCAGCUAUGUGAAUAAUCAAACGUCUAGGCCACAGGAUGCCAAAGUCGUUCAAUCUUCAUUGUCCAUAUUAGAGAGUAUCGUGUUGAAUAGUUCGGCUAAAUAUGGCCAAGUAGAAAAAGAAGUUGGAUUUCCCAAUCUGGUGUUGCGGCUUGAAAACCAAAAUUCAAUCAUUCAACAAAAUGCUCUUUCAUUGAUUAAUGCCUUAUUUUUAAAAGCCGAUCCUGCCAAACGAAAAGUCAUCGCUAGUACAUUGUGUACAAAACAAGUGCGUAACGUUAUCUUACAAAACAUCAUACAGACAUCAUCCGGCGAAGUUGGGUCUGAAAUGGCUUAUCAAUUGUAUGUUAUGCAAACUUUAUGCUUUGGACUGCUUGAGGAAAGGAUGAACACUAAAAUGGAUCCACAAGAUCAAGAUGCACAUGAAAAAAUUAAAGAACUGCGUAAAAUUGCUUUUGAAUUGGAUACAAUCGGAGGUGGAGAUAGUAAUCGAAGACAACUUGGGCCAUUUACUAAAGACUAUAAAAAGUUGGGAUUUAAAUACGAUAUAAAUCCAGCAUUAGAUUUUACGGAAACUCCACCGGGCAUGUUGGCUUUAGAUUGUAUGGUUUAUUUUGCUCGAAAUCAUGUCGACGCAUAUACUAAAGUUGUACUUGAAAAUUCGUGUAGAGCAGAUGAACACGAAUGUCCAUUCGGUCGGUCAUCUGUAGAAUUAGUUCGUUUAUUGUGCAAUAUAUUAAGAAUUGGCGAGCCACCAAGUGAACAGACGACAACAUAUCAUCAGAUAUUUUUUAGCCAUGAUCAUCCAUUUCAUGAAUUAUAUUGUGUUUGUAUUGUGUUGUUAAAUAAAACUUGGAAAGAAAUGAGAGCGACAACUGAAGAUUUUGUUAAAGUGUUAAGUGUUGUUCGAGAACAAAUUACUAGAGCACUGGGCUCCCAACCGGCGAACUUGGAAAAACUAAAGCAAAAGUUGUCCACGCUUACUUAUUCCGAAAUCACUAAUCUUUGGCAACAAGAACGAACAUCCCGAGAACAAUGGGAAAGUCAUGCUCGUCCUAUAGUACAACUUAAAGAAUUAGUAACUCCUGAAAUAGUACAGCUAAUAAAAAAACAAAGACUAAAUUACAUGGUGGAUGGAACUAGAUUUACAAAAUACUCUCAGCGAGGACAGAGAGUAAAGGACAAGUUUUGGUUUGUUCGAUUAUCACAAAAUCAUAAAGUUUUGCAUUAUGGAGAUUGUGACGAUAAAAGUGUUCCGACGAUUGAAGAACUUCCAAAUAAAUUAAGUGUUGUCGAUAUCAAAGUUCUGCUCACAGGAAAAGAUUGCCCACACAUGAUGAAAGAUGCCAAAAGCCGUAAAUCUACACAUCAACUUGCAUUUUCACUAACAUUAGACUCUGUAGAAAUGACAUCUCUUGACUUUGUCGCUCCUGAUGAAAUGGUUUAUGAUUAUUGGAUCGAUGGCAUAAAUGCAUUGCUAGGUAAUAAGAUGACUAGUAAAGAAGCUGAAAAUGAUCUCGAAACAUUAUUAUCAAUGGAAAUAAAGUUGAGAUUAUUGGACGCAGAAGGAGUCGGUGUAGACAUACCUCAAGAUCCACCACCCGUGCCUGCUGAUCCACCCAACUAUGAUUUUUGUUAUGACAUUAAGUAAAACUAUAGUUUUUAAUUUAAAUUUAUUUCAAGAUAAAUUAUUAUUUAUUACAAGUAUCUCAUUUAUAUAUUUAUUUUCUCAACAACUAAUUUUUUAAUAUCGCCAACUACCGCUACUGCUUCCAAUUGAAGUAAACUGCCCUGUACAAAAGUUAGAUUUGUAUUUAUUAUAUAAGUAUUGUAAGACUAAAAAGAUAAAUUAUACUAUUAAAAUUAAUAAUAUCAACAAUAACAUUACUGUCCAACACUAUAAAAUUGUAAUAGAGCUAAAAUACAAUCCUAUUUAAUAGAAUUUUAAAGAUAUGUAAUAAUUAAAGCUAAACAAUUACAAAUUUUACGUUCUAAGAUCAGCAUAAUAAUACUUUAUUAUGAGCAUGUAUAUUGGUUCUUAUUAAAAAAUAAAAAGUCAAAAUAUGAGGCAUACUUACCAAGGCUGUUUCUUCACACUGUACGUACAACCUCGCAGGAUAUGGGCUGUUAAAAUCUAAGUAAAAUAAAAUGUAUUAUUAUUUCAUUCCGGUUCUGUGUUAUAACUUUAUGUUAAUUACAUUUUUUGUAGUUCUCGUUAAUGGCAUUUUUAUCACUUAAAUGUUUCAAGCUCAGUCUUGUUUUGACUACUAAAAAAUUUAAUAAUAUGUAUUGUAAUUUUUUUAAAUAUAUACAUAUAUAUAUUUUGUAUAAA